UGCUCUUGCGCAUUCAGCUUAUAGAGCAAAAGUAAUGAAUUUUCUCAUUUUCUUUCAGUUUACACUAAAAUUUUUGUAUAAAAAAAAUGCAGUCAUAUAAAAUAAGGAAAUGCAAGCAUACAAUUUAGCAAAAUCCAAUGAGAACAUGAAUUGAUUACACUUUAAGAUAAAUAUUAUCAUCAUGGAUGCUAAAGUUCAAAAUAUGGAAAUCUACUUGAAAACAAAUGAAGAAAUGCCAAAAAAGGGCACUAGUGAUGCACAAAUGACUUCGAGUACCAUUUCUACGGUAUCCAGCUUGGCAUCGCCUGUUGACUCAGGCGUUCAAAUGCUGGAUAGCGAAAGUGAGCUCACAUCUGUUAUGUCUAACGUAUCGGGUUGUGAGAAUGAUACUUUGUCUACUUUGGAUACUAACUUAUCAAUAAAAACUCUGGAAAUGAAGGACACUGAGCCACAUUCUGUAAAAAUUUCUAAAGUGCAGCCACAAGAAGAAACUGAUAUUUGGGCUGAGUUACGAGAAUCAUGUUUUGAUGAACAGGGUGCUGGAAUUAUUGAAUUAGUUGCUGGAAAUAAAGAAGCGCCUGAGAAAGUAGCUGCAAAUAGUGAACUGGCUGCUAACAAUAAAAAUUUCAUUGGCGAUGAUGCCAAACUAGAAAGAAUCAUGCAUCAAUUUACAGAAAGCGACUUUGUGAAUAAGAACGUGGUGGAUGAGAAAGUCUUAUCACAUUCUGUCUCAAAUUAUUUUGACAGGUUUUCUGAUAAAGCUAAUCUUACACAUCCAGUUCAUUCAGAAUCCUGCAAAAACCUCAGUGAUGAAGUAUUUGAAAUGGAGCAUCCAAUCAAGUCUAAUACAGAAGUUGAUUUAAUGAAUAUUUCCUUGAAUAGCUAUGAGCUGUUGGACUAUACUUUGCAAAACACAAUUCUCAAAGAUCCAGGUGAACCGGAAACUACUGAUAUGCAUGUUAGUAUGUCUGAGGAGGUUAAUGAAAAUUUGAAAGUGAUUUUAGAUGGUAAAGAAGCUCCUCCACCAAUAACCGAAGAAAUCGCGGUUUUGGAAAGCCCAGAAUCCAAACCAGUAGAGGAGCAAAUAGUUUUUCGCAGGCAAAGAAAGAAAAAAUCCAAAUCUGAUACCCCAAAAAAACGAGUUUCGUUUCACGAAGAUAUUUUAAACAGUACUAAAAUCGACGAUAUCCAUAUUAAUUUGGGCUUCAUUACUCACGAGCCUGAUGUAUCGUUGAGUUUUUUUCAGAGGGGCUUUAUUAGGAAACCUGAUGUAGUGAAGGGAAGAUAUAGUUGGGCAGCUGAAGGUGAUGCACCAUUUUACGAAAAACCAGCAUCAACUAACCGAGAUAUAAAAUCAGACAUUUAUGUGCAUCACCCACGUGGUUCUUCAAGUUCGUCAAGCUCCACAGGAAGUGUUUCUAGCUCAAUAGAUGAAGAGGAUAGUUCAGAUGAAAAUCUACAGAAAAAGGAACCUGGAAUACAAAAGCAACCAAAAUCUAGUUGUUUAAAGAAAACUAAACAUAAGAAAAUUGAUACGAAUAUUGUUCAAGAGGAAAUUAAUCUUAGAAAAAAGAAAUCUGAGACUACUUUGUUGGACACUAAUAUUUUCGGGAGUUUAAAGAAUAUUUUGAAUUUUUCUACUUCGGUGCCUCUUGCAGAAAGAGGUGUUCCAGAAGGUCAAGAAGACGUAGCAAUUUACUCAUCCUCCCAGGAUCUUUCCAGCAGAAGAAAAUCUUUUGGAAAUUUUUCGUUUAAAAAUAUUGAAACUGCUGAAGUAACUGAAGUAAAACCUGAACCUGUCAGCCAAGUACACCUAGCAAAAACCAACCUUAAAUUAACCAAAAGCGAAGGUUUUUAUCCCAACUAUCCGAACCAAGAUAUACCAUCCAAUAUAAUUCUUUGUGACAGUAACGUUUAUGAACACAAAGGCAUCAGCUAUUCAUAUGAAUAUGAUAAUUUUCAAAAAAGUUUUGCCAAGCAAAAUACACCCAAAAGUUCCACUGUGUAUCGCAACAUAUUGAAGGAAUUCAAUUUUUUCCGUAGGAAGGCCAAAGAGGAACCUGAACGAGAAGUUGAAGAAGACUUUGAAAUAAUCACUGAUCCAACAAAAACCGAAUUGAAAGUGGAAGAAGUGGUUGAACUCGAGGGUCCAUUAAAGCCUGAGCCAAAAAGCACAAGCACGCCAAAAAGUAAUUUGUCUAAAUAUGCUUCUUCAACGCGUUUGGAUUGGUCUGACACGGAAACAGUUUCUGAUUUAUCAGAAGCAAGAAAUUCCUGUCAUUUGGAUUCUCCUAAAAGAAAACUUAGAAGGAGCAACCAUUAUACAGUUCACUCUCCUUUUAAGAUCCCUUUAUCAGAAAAUCUUCAAGAUUGUAUCGAAUUAGAAUCAAAAUCGGUACCCACAACAAUGAGGGCUUCUUCCUCAAAAUCUUCCCUUAUAAAUCGUUUUCUAAGGAAUGUAACCUUAAAGAAAAUGUUGGACCUGAAGGCUCAAGCAAAUACCAAAACUAUUAGAAACUACAUUGGGCUCUACCCUAAAGGCUACAAGAACGUGAAACCUGAUUGUAAUCUGGAGGUUGACGCUGCUAUUGAAAAAGAAGUGAUUAUGGGUAAUAAUAAGCGCUUGCCAUUCAAAUCUGGUGAUAAAAUCUUGAUUGGUAAUCUGAGAAAGCAGAUUUUUAGAAAUUUGAGUGAGCAGUUUUUGAAGGUCUUUCCAGUUCGUAGCGCUUACUCAACAAACGGAGACACGAAACCUUUACUAUUAAUAUUAACCAAUCGCGCUCUCUAUGUAGUCAGCUCAAAAAACAACUUGUUCAGCAGCCAUUUCGUUUUACCUUACACCGACUUGAACGCCAUUUUGAUCGGACCCAGCGCUCAAACCCUACAUUUCUCCAAUCGCGAUAUAGAUAUGCAAUGCAUUUUGACUACGGGUUGUUCAAAGAUCACUGCUGAUUUGAUUGGUCAGCUAGAGAUUGCGAUGCGCAGGGACGUUAACAGGCCUUUGUUGCCGGCCGUGAAGCAGUUGACCAUGAGGGAUAUGGUGAAUUUGAGGAAGUCGAUUUGUAAACAGACUGCUGUUGAUAAGGACGAAGAGUACUUCUAUUACAGCAUUGUAAACAUACAAGAUUUGGUAGCUGAUGAAGCUCCUACUCCAAUGGGUCCCAGUAAAGAAGGUCCUCUCAUGUUUAAAACCCAAGAGUGUGAUACUGGACGAUGGGAGACUGCAUAUUUCAUCCUUAAGGCCGGUGUCCUAUAUAUGCUUUCUUCAGUCUCUCAGCGGGUACCAAUGCGAGUAUUUCCUUUAAUCAAUGGGUCAUGUCAAGGUGCUAGACGUGUUUACAACAGCCACAGACCUCACACUUUUCAAUUAAUUGUUGAGGGUGACACUUUGUUGUUGGCCGCUCCUGAUGAAUAUGUUGCAAGCGAAUGGUUACAGGAAUUGAUCCAUGCUGCAAGUGGGAUUUACAAUAAUUAUAAAGAGAAAAAUCUAACCGUAUCCUGUUCACUUCUUAUGACCAGCGAACACAUUCUAACUGUCCGAGAAGCUUUUCCUUGUAGCAUUAGCUCGCUUCUUCCUGUGACAAAGCACGAGCCAAUCAAAGGUCCUCAAGCACUUUCUUGUGCUGCUAUUAGUGACUUGGUGACGUUUCGAUUGCCUUCAGCAGAACAGAGCUGGUGUAUUUUGGAAUUUUCAUGCAGAGAAGUGCAUGAGUACAGCGGGGACUGGAUAAUUUAUUUUUCUACCAAUGCCGAACUGGAAACUUUCAUUUCAACAUUGGAAAUGCUGUGGCAGUAUGGCAAUGAAGAUGGUAACAGUUUCCCUUUGAGUACCAUUCCAGAAACAGACCCAUUAAGCAAGAAAUGCGUAGACAUUUACAGGACGUUGCUCGACUCUUGGCCUUUGAACACGGUUCAUUUGCAAUUUUUGUAAGUGAGUAUAGUUUUAUUUAGUUAAUUUUUUUAUCCAAGAAUUUCACCAAUUAUAUUUUUAUACCAAUUAAUUUUUUUUACGUUUUACUCUCAAAAGUUUCUUUUUUUUAAAGAAGCCUAAUUAAUUGUUUAUUGUAAUCAAGAAAACUGUUGAAAAUUCAUAGUAUAAGUUUGCAUUGUUUCUAGUCACAGCCUGAUCCAACAAUACCUACAUGUGGCUUCACUCCAUGAUAACAUUUAUUUUAUUUUUUUCUUUUAAAAAUCUUGACAAUGGUGGAAUAUAAAACUAGGAAAAUUGGCAGUGACCAGAAACAAUGCAAACUCAUAGUAUGAGUUGUGGAUCAAAAACGCAUACUCAUAUCUAAAAAAAAAAUAUAAUCCCUUUCUAGUCAUUUGUUUUUUUGGGAUAAUUUUUAGUUAGUAUGUAACCAAUAAUGUGAUAGAUAGAUAAGGUUUUGUAUUGGCAUUAAGAGUCAGAAAAUAUGUAAUAUCUAACAAUGGUAAUUGUUUAGUCGAUAAUUAUUAAUAAUUAUGAUACUCUUCAAAACGCUUCUUAAAAUUAUCAUAUAUCAUAAAGCACAUGUAGACAAUGCACAAAUAUAAUCAAAAUAUGUAAUAAAGUGCGUAUUUAUAGUUGAAAUAAUGUUUAUGCCUGCAAAAUAAUGAUAUUUUCCCUAGUCUUUUUAGUAAGCUUAAUUUCGAUUUUUAUAUUCAGUAGUUGUUAUUUAAUAAUUAUUGAUAAUAGUUAUUUAUGGUACUAGUGUGUUAUGUUGAAAAUAAGUCACGCUAAAAAAACUUAUAAUUUCUCAAGUGACUUACAAACAUAACACACGAGUAGCAUACAAUGUUUCAUCCAACAACUAAGGAAUCAUAAGACAAGAGCAGCAUGUAAGAAUUGAAAAAACUCACAGGUAUUUUUUGGGAAUGAAUCUUCUUUGAAGUAUGGUUUAUAAAAAAUUAUUUCCUGAUGUGUUGUGUUGAUGUUAUAAGAGAGUGAGUUAUAAAUCAUAACUCACUAGUGGGUUAUGGUUUAUAACACACUAGUGUAUUAUUUGAUUGUUUACUUGUCUUAAUUGGCAUAAAUAAUGACUUUUAUAACUAGCAGGUGUUGGAUAAAGUAAGUAACGUAUAAUAAACUUCAUUUAAAUUAACUUAAAUUUCUUUACUUAUUCAAACGUUAUAAAAAUGAGUUCAAAUAUGCUCAAGAAAUGUUCUAUAUGUAAGUCAUGUUUGUGUUUGGAACAGACAAUUCAAUUUGAAUGAACUUUCUUGAACCACAUGAAAGUUAAUGUUCAUGUAUAUGGAUAUUAUACAAGGUGUCCCAGCCGAGAGUGACCCAUUUUAAAUGCUUAUAACUUUUAAACCAGGUGAGCUAGCUACCUGCAGUUUGUGCCAUUCGAUUUCUCUUGGUCUAAAGUUUUUUCCAGUAGGUUUCAAAUUUUUUUGAAACCUAUACGGCGAGUAAAAAAAAAAUCCGUUUCUCAACAUCGAAAUUCUCCACUAUUUCUAAUGGAACACCCUGUAUAUCACAACGUCAAAAAAAAGAUUAAUGUUUAAGGUUUCCAUGUACCAAUAGACAUCGUCCCUAAAACUUAAAGUUUUAGCCGAAAAAAAAUCAAAAUUGAAAUCCUGGUAUUUUUGCAAACGCAUGCAACUUCAUGUUGUAGGAACUUGAUAUCACUAUGGCAAACAAUUUUGUAACUAUCUAGUUAAAUGUCAAUUAAGUUGAGAUACAUUUUCCAAGAUUUAACGAGUUCCAAAGUAUUUUCUCUGGAACUCAUUAAAUAGAGAUACCCCAACAGUAACAGUUUGGUAUGCAAUCUCUAUUGAGAAAAAAUACAGACCAUUUUCAUUGAUGAACCAACAAUAACAGAAACUGUAUACACUGAUAUGUUCUUUUUCCCAUAGUUGACACAGGAGGUUAUCUUGAAUGAUAUCUAUUUUCAGCAGGAUGAUGCCCCCACCUCAUUAUUCAUUAAUAGCAAGGGAAUCACUAGAUAUACCAUUUGGGGAAAGACGGAUAAGGAGAGCUGGCCGCUGGCCUAUAGAAUGGACACCUUACUCUCUUGACUUGAGAGUUCUAGACUCUUUCCUCUGGCGUUAUGUCAAGGAAAGAUGCGGCAAUAUUUUGCUAAAAUAGCCUGAAAGAUCUUAAGGGGAACAUUUCUAAUGUCAUUGAAGCGAUUCUCCAGGAAAUGUUACACAAUUCAUUCAACCAUUUAUUGAUCCAAAAAUGCCUGGAAUAGAAUGGCUAACAUAUACAUAUAGGUACCUACAGCUUUUUGUAUAGUUUUAUGCAGUUGUUAUUAACUUUUUAUCAGGCAAACAUAAGGUUGAAGCUUUGAAAAAAGGUGUUUGCAAAAAUACCAAGAUUUCGAAUUUGAUUUUUCACGGCUAAAACUUCAAGUUUUAGGGACGAUGUCUAUUGGUACAUGGAUACCUUAAACAUAAAUCUAUUUUUUGACGUUGCGAUAUACAGAGCGUUCCAUUGAAAAUAGUGGAGAAUUUCAGUGUUGAAAAACGAAUUUUUUUUACUCGCCCUGUAUAAGUUUAAAAAAAAAUUGAAACCUACUAGAAAAAACUUUAGACCAAGAGAAAUCGAAUGGCACAAACCACAGACAGCUAGCUCACCUGGUUUAAAAGAUAAGCAUUUAAAAUGGGUCACUCUCGGCUGUGACACCCUGUAUUUUGCAUACAGUAACAAUAAUAGCUUAUUAAAUAUAAGGCAGGUGACACACUAGAGAAAUAGGUUUCAUGAAACUUGUAAGAAACAGGAAAUUUAUUUCAUUAUCCCAUCACACAUACAUUCAAAUGAGGCGGAGCACACUGACAAAACAAUUUCUACUUUCCUGUUUAGAACCGCCAGUGUGUUCCGCCUCAUUUGAAUGUAUGUGUCGUGUAGUAUCGCAACAAAUUUCCAGUAGCGUCUUGCAUCAAGUUUCAAGAAACUUAUAUCUCUAGUGUGUCACCUGCUUAAGUAACAUCUUUAAUCUAAUGCAGGUGACACACUGGAGAAAUAGGUUCCACGAAACUUGUUGCAAGGAACAGGAAAUUUGUUUCAUUAUCACACGACACAUACAUUCAAAUGAGAAAUUUUGUGGAAGAGAACGUCUUUCGCGUUAUUUGUUUCAGAAAUUCAUUCAUGUGGCUCAUCCAUCACAACAAAUACAGAAUAUAGCACUUGAAACUCUUAAUACUUGAGUGUGCGUUGACAUUAAACAAAGUUUCAUGAAACUUGCUUCAGUUUGUCUAUCACCUGUCUUAAAGAUCUUUAGAAACAAACUCUAGAAAACAUCAAUUUCUAUUUCAAGAUGUGCACGUUUUCGUAGAAGAUUGUUGAGGUCGGUGGCAUACUGGAGAAAAGUUUCCUGAAACUCGUUUGCAAGAAACAGGAAAUUUUUUUCAUUAUCAUAAGCACACUGGCGUUGCUGAAACAGGACAACUGAAAUUGUUUUGCAUGGAAGUUUCGUAAACGUGCGGCAUCUCGGGUUUUUUUUUUGGAAAUUCAUCUAUGUGGUUUUUUGAGCACUACAUCUGUGUGAAACUUGUAACUGUGUGAAACUUGUAACUGUGUGCGUUGACAUGAAACAAAGUCUCAGUUUCAGUGAGUUCACAAGUCUGGUGGAACUUAUUUCUCCAGUGUGUCAUCUGUCUAAGGUUUUUUUCAAAUAGCACUACUUUUUUUCUUAUCAAUUACUUUUGAAUAUAAUCUAAGAUUGGACAAUAAAUAAACUCAUUUCUAAUAGUUGUAGUGAAAUAAUCUGACAUUCUUUCACCUGUCUUUAAGCAAUAUGUAUUACAGAAAAAAAAAUAUCGCGUUGGCUAUUCUAGUGGAACUAAUCUAAAUAUUUUUAUUUUAUUGGUGCCCCAUUUUGCGUAUUUGAGACAACCCGAGAAACGUCGAGCCUUUACGGAAACAAAUCCAAUUAACCUGAUCACCAGUCUUUUUUUAUUUGUGUUUAUUAAAAAAAGAUGAAAAACAAACAGCUGGUGAUCAGAUUAAUCGGUUUUUUCCUUAAGGCCAUUAAUGUCAACUUUUCAAUUAUUGAUCUGACAGGAGUAUCUUGUCACGUCAAAUAAAAUAUUUCUGACAGAUAUUUAGUCUAUGCAGAUAUUUCAAAUGCUUUACUGUGAGGGUUUUUAUUCAAGUACCUUUAGUACAUAUUAUACUAUUAAACAUGUUUUGAGAAAAAAAAAAAUUGAAAAUAGAAAUUUGUCAGUGAUUUUAUUCCAUUAUGUAUAUUAUGUUAUUUUAAUGUGUUUUAUUAUUGUUACCCAGUGGUACUGUGGAUAGGUACUAAUAAUUGGUUUCAGAAUUGAGGCUGGAUUAUUCCGUUCCAUGAGAUCGGAUCCAAUGUGCAUCCAUCAACUCAAAUUACUGAAACUUAGCUUAAUUAUUUUUAAAUAAUACUGAGUAAAUAUUUUUUCUAUUGCUUUUUAUCAAUGUUUCUUAUUUCCUAAUUUUAUUGUUUUUUUUUAAACCAAUUUUAUGGAUAUUUUUGGCUGUUAUUAAAUUAAUUGAAAUAAAAUUAUUGUAAGAUUGUAUUGUUAUAUGUAUUAGUAAGUAUUGAUAUUUAUGCAUAUUGCAGCUCUUCAGAUAAAUAAAUAAAUACUAUAUAAUACAA